UAUUUUUGGCAGAGAGCACCUGGAACGACCUUUUGGCGCGAAUUUCCGGAAAAGAACGUGAAACACAUCAACAAUCGAACGAACAAUCAAUCUAUUUGCUUUACAACAUUACCAAGAUCGGCAAAAUGCCAAAGGGGCGAGCUGCUCAGAGCAAGAAGCCUACAGUAAAGAUCGAAAGUGAGCCUGAAUACACCUCAGAUGAAGAUGUCACGCCGCAUAUCGGGCACAGUGCGAGUCAAUUAUCUGAAUAUGAAAAGCGAAGACUGGAGAAUAUCCGCAAAAAUAAUGAAAUGCUUGCGAAGCUUAACAUUGAUGUGGUAAAGCAAGAACUAGUAUCAAGUGCUACCAAAAAAAGAAAAUUGAACAAUUUGAGCAUUAAAAAGACUCAAAGCUCUGUAGAACUUCCUCGUCGCAAAUCUCUCAGGAUAAGGAGAAUAACACCAGAUGGCAUGGCUCUACCUGAACCUCCCCCUACCCCUGUCUACCCAGAACCUUCCCGAUUGCCAAGUGGGCCACUAGAUAUGGACCCAAUAAAUGAGGUUGAAGAUAUUGAAGCCAAAGGGUUUCUUUGCAAGAUGAAUCAGCUUUCUUGUAAGGUUAAAAAGACACCAGUUAAGUCUUCUUCAAAAGAGCUAAAAUCUUUAAGCUUACAUGAGAAAUCACUGAGAAAGCUGCAAGUGAAAGAAGAUCAUGUUCACAAAGUAGUUUCAAAAAGAAUAGUUUCCAUAUUGUUCCAUCCAGCACAGACCAAGGUGGUAGUGCUUGCUUCUGAUAAGUCUGGAAAACUAGGGAUGUGGGAUGUGGGAUCCAGUAGCAGUACCGAAGGAGUGUAUCUAUUUGAGCCACAUUCUAAUGUUAUCCCAAGCUUGGCAUUUGAUCCUGAUGACACAACUAAGCUGUAUAGCUGUAGCUACGAUGGAACACUUCGAUGUGCAGACUUGACAGUCCCUGUAUUCCAUGAGGUAUUAUCAUUAGAUGAAGAUGAUACAGCCUUUAGCUAUAUGACAUUUGGCACAACUAGCCAUUCCUGCCUGUUGGCAUCAUGUUUUGAUGGCUCUAUUAUGAUAGUCGAUAGCAGGAUUGAUGCUAAGAAGAGAAAUCCAGCACAGACUCUUGAUGUGCAUGACCGUGCAAUUAAGUGCGUCGAUGUCCACCCGACCAAUAGAAAUCUGGUGUGUACUUCCACAAGGAAUGGGGCAAUUGCGUUCUGGGAUGUCCGUAACUUCAAGAACAGGAAGUCAAUUCUAAGUUCGCUUCAACUUGGUCGCUCUGUGUCGUCUGCAUUCUUUUCGCCAAUAACUGGUCAACAAAUAGUCGCCACGUGCAUGAACGAUACUGUCACGGUGCACGAUGUAUCAGAUUCGGGAAUCGCUACACAUCGUCCUAAAUGUUUAUUCAGACAUGAUAACGGAACUGGGCGAUGGCUUACAACCUUCAACGCCGUUUGGGAUCCCAAACAUGACGAUCUUAUCGCUGUUGGCAGUAUGAGUCGGAAUAGACAGAUCGAUGUCUAUUCGUCUGAUUAUCCGAACAGCCAGUUGCUGAGUCUGCAGCACGAGAACAUGACCACCAUCAACUCGCGUCUGGCCUUCCACCCUUCACUGAAUAUGUUAGUUGGCGGCAAUUCCUCUGGAAAGGUCUACUUGUGGACUGAAUAACCGGAAUUGGAUGAAAUAAGUAGGCAGGUUUUAGAAUGGACUAUAUAUAUAUAUAUAUCUAAUGGUUCUUUUUUAGCGAAAAUAUAUUGAAAUUUGUUACGUUAAUAUUCCUGUUUUUUUCGUUUUGUGCUGUAUUUUGUAUACAGUGUGAGAUGAAAUUUUAAAUUUUGAAUGUGAUUACGUGAUUGAGUGAGGCGGCUUGUGUUACUGUUAUCUUGAUUGAAUUAUCAACUUGUAAAUUGCUGAAUGAUAUUCGAGUGUACGAACUGUCCGGGACAGUUUCAUGAUAAAGUUGCUUUUUUUUUUUAGUCAACACCUAUAACUGUUAGAACAGGUUGGGUUAAAACGAUAUGAUGUUAUCAGGCUCGGUCUCCAUCCAUUGUUACGUCGCGCGCCAGGAUCGCACGCACCGAAACCAGCCCGGCUGGAAACCCAUGUGAUACCCCCUAUAGAAUCCAAACAUUUCCCGCAUUAUCGGGCGUUUCACUUCUCUUCCCAACACAGAGGUGACUGCUUGGAGUUUAGAUGCUCCCGGAUUGUCGCUGACCACAUCACCACGUGGUUACCAUGAGCUGUGCGUUGCUUAGUAUCAUUGCUAACGUAAAGCUGUUUACUUAAAGAAGGCCUGUCACGACGCCAUUUUAUGCUCCCGCUCCGUGGCGAGUCACACAAAGCAAUCCAUUUUCAUCGGCUAAUUCAAGACUUCAUUCAUAGAUUGUUAUUUUUUAGUUUCUUUGCGAAUAAGCAGCUGCAUUUUCAAUGAUAAACAACAAAGAAGAAGUUGAUCGACCUUUAAUAGUGUUUGGUACUUCUAUCGACGGACUUUUUUCCACUUUCCCAGAUACCGUCCCAGUUCAACGACAUCUAUAGGAAUCUUUUUUGUUUGUGUGUAGAGUCAAUGAGCCCCACCCAAAAUAUACUCGUAAAUAUUGCUAUACACCUAAAAUACCAAAGAUUUUUUUUUUAAAAAAACUUAAAAUCCUCCCAGAAAUACCUCACCCUUCAUACUAGCGAGGUAGACAACGAGGCAAAUAGAAUUUUACUCUAACAUACUGACAUAUGUCAUUUUAUCUCUAUUCUACAUAAAUAACACAAACCAGUUAAAGGCGGGCAUCUUUAUUGAUAGCUUGUGGUGGCAUGUAAACAACAGAAAUAAUUGUAAAGUAGGUAACUACAGAAGUUUAAAACAACGAUUAAAGUCCAUAUAACCUUU